AAAAAAAAAGGAAACAAAAGGUUUGGCGGGAAUAUAUCAAAACCCAAAUGGAAAAGUUUGGCUCCAAAUUCUUAAAAAGUAAAAUAAAAUAGAAUAAAGAAAGAAAGAGAGAGAAUUAAGCAAGGUGUUGUUGUUGUUGUUUGGUGAAUGGUGGCGAUGGGCGACGACGAUCCGAAGAGGAUAAGCGAGGCGAAGCGGUGGUACAAGGCGGCGAAGGAGGUGGGAAACCGGGAGGAGGAGGCGAAAUGGGCGAAUGUGAUCGGAAAUCUUCUUAAGAAGAAAGGCGAGUACGUCGAAGCCCUCAAAUGGCUCCGAAUCGACUGCGAAAUCUCAUUCGAGCGUUUGAGUCCCAACCACUGCUUUCCUUCCUGUCAGUCCAUCGGCGAAGUCUUUCUUCUCCUCAAGGAUUUCCAAAACGCCCUCUUUUAUCAGAAAAAGCAUUUAGGGCUUGCCAAGGAUACGAAUGACAUUGUUGAGCAGCAGAGGGCCAACACCCAGCUAGGACGUACCUACUACGAUAUGCUUCUGUCAGUUAAAGAUGACCAACAUUUAGUGCGGAGUGCCAAAAAGUAUUUUAAGUCUGCUAUGGAGCUUGCACAAACUCUCAAGGAGAACCCGCCUGCAACUAAUUAUUCUUUCGUUAAGGAGUACAUUGAUUCACAUAACAACAUGGGAAUGCUUGAGAUGGAGCUUGAGAAUUUUGGAGAGGCUGAAAAAUUCCUGACGAGAGGAUUACAAAUUUGUGAAGAAGAAGAGGUCAAAGAAGAUGAUGAUUCACGUACCAGGCUACAUCACAACCUCGGGUUUGUUUAUAUGGAGUUGAGGAAGUGGGAUAAAGCAAAGGGACACAUGGAGAAGGACGUCGGGAUCUGUAGGAGAAUUGGGCAUCGCCUAGGAGAGGCAAAGGGAUUAAUGAAUCUUGGUGUAUUGUAUUACAAAAAUCACAAGUACGACGAGGCGCUGAAAAUCUAUAGAAUAGCAUGUAAUCUAGCGAAACAACUGGAGGAUGAGGAUCUUUUAGUAAAUGAAAUUGAUCAAAAUAUUGAAAGUGCAAAAGAAGCUAUGAUUGUUAUGGAUGAGGUAAAGAAAGAAGAGCAAAAUCUCAAGAAGCUAACAAGAGACAUGAGCACUGCAAAAGGGACACCCCGAGAAAGGAAGUGCCUACUGCAGCUACAUGCUGCUCUUGAUAGUCUUAUUGAAAAAGCGACGACAAUAAAUUAUUGGUCGAAGGUUCGUGAAUUUGGAAAGAGGAAGAAGAGGAUAGCAAGUGAACUUUAUGACAAAGAAAAGUUGAGUGAUUCAUUUUUGACCGUUGGAGAUGCGUAUUAUAACCUCAGGAAAUUUGGCAAAGCCAGUAAAUGGUACAUGAAAAGUUGGGAAACAUACAAGUCAAUUGGUCACCUAGAGGGGCAAGCAAUGGCAAAACUUAACAUUGGAAAUGCUUUAGAUAGUGAUGGUAAUUGGGAAGAAGCGCUAGCUGCAUUUGAAGAAAGCUACAGGAUUGCUAUUGAAGCUAAGCUUCCUUCUAGGCAGCUUUCCGCUCUGGAGAAUAUGCAUUAUAUCCACUUGAUAAGAUUUGAUAAUGAUGAUGAAGCCAGGAGAUUGCAGGUAGAAAUCAACUUGUUGAAGCAAUUGAAGGAAAGAGAGCUUGAAAAACAGGAUGGGAAAGAGAAUUGUUGCUCUGAAACUGAUACAGAGGGAAGUCUUCGUAGUUUAGAUGAUGGGUUUAAUGCAUGUGGCUCUCCAGAAACCUUGGUUGGUAUAGAAGAGGUGGAUGAUGAUGUACCUUUAACUUCACUUCUUAAGUCCUCAAGGAGUUCACCCAAAAUAAGACCAACUUGUAUGGGAAAAGAGAAAAUUUCGUCCAACUUUAGUAAAGUAUCACCAAGAGGUUCAUCUAAAUCAGCCUGUAAUCAGGAGGUAGUCGCUGGCCGCAAACGUCUUCGUGUAGUUCUUUCUGAUGAUGAGGAUGCAAUGUGUACUGAAGUACAGUGCUCAAAAAGCAGAACUCAUAGUUGCCCAGUAGAGGAUGUUGCUACAUCUUAUGAAACUAGACAUAGAAGCAAUACCGUCGGUCCGGCUUGCAUCUUUCAGGAUAUUUCAGCGGUUCCUUCUAACAGUGCAAUCAGGUCCCAUGACCCUGUUAACAUUGAAGAAAGCUCUAGUUCACACAAAACUUCAGUUCCUUUUGUUACCACUCAAAAUGACCAAGGUUUUAGGUCUUCAAGCACUAAUGAACUUGAUGUGAGUGCUUCUAAGCAAUACAUUACAAUCAAGAUUGACGAAGAGUUGAUACAUGUAGAAGCAGACUCAUUAUUGGCCACUGAUAAAUUAAGUAUUGAGCAUGUGAAGAUUGAAGUAGCAUGCUUUUACUACUUGCAACUUCCAACUGAGAAGAGAUCAAAGGGGUUUCCCAUUAUUCAGCAUAUAAAAUGGGGCGACAAAGUCAUAGAAUCAUUGGAAACAAUCAAAACACUCAUGGAUCAUAUGGGAAAAGUGUUGAUUGAAGGUUCCGUAGAUAACUGGGUUCAGAAGCGCUUUAUAAAAGUCUACGUGGAAGGCUGCAAGGAGGUAUCACAGACACCCGAUAUAAAGUUGAUGAAGAAGUUAUACGAUCCGGAGGUUUCAGAAGAUGAAGUUAUUGUAUCCGACUGCGAAUUGCAUGAUUUAUCAGUGACUCCACUACUCAAGGCCCUGGAUGUCUACAGAACAUUUGUAAUGCUGGACCUUUCUCACAAUUUAUUAGGAAAUGAAACAAUGGAAAAGUUGCAACACGUAUUCACUUCAUCAGGUGUAAAAUACAGUACUUUAACAUUGGAUUUGCACUGCAAUCAAUUUGGUCCCUCUGCUCUGUAUCAGAUUUGUGAAUGUCCGUUGCUAUAUACUAGAUUGACAGUUCUAAAUAUCUCUGGAAACCGCCUCACCGAUGCUUGUGCGUGUUACCUUUCAACUAUUUUGCAAAAUUGCCGAGCCCUCUAUAGCUUGAACAUAGAAGGCUGCUUUAUAACAUCGAGAACAAUUCAAACUGUUGCUGAUGCCUUGGACUCCGGAUCCAUACUCGAACAAUUAUGUAUUGGACAUAACAAUCCUAUAUCUGGCGAUGCCCUUAUUAGUUUACUGGCCAAGCUUACCACAUUGAAACGAUUUUCAAAACUGUCUCUCAAUGGUUUGAAGCAAAAAAAACCUAUAAUUAAUAGCUUGUGUGAGCUCGCUAAAGCCUCGUGUUUGUCAGCAUUAAUGCUUGGUGAAACUGGUAUUGGAACUGAAGGGGCAUUACUGGUGACUGAAUCUUUGUUCAUUGGAACUGAGCCUGAGUCUUUAAAACUCGACCUCUCAUAUUGUGAACUUACAUCUGAAUACAUUCUCAGAUUAAAUGCUGAUGUGUCUCUCAUUAGUCGCAUUAGUGAACUCAACCUUGCAGGAAAUCCAAUUGGGCAGGAGGGUGGCAAUGCCUUAUCAUCCCUGCUUUCGAACCCGCAAUGUGGCCUAAAAGUUUUGGUCUUAGAAAAGUGUCAGCUUGGGGUUGUUGGAACUCUGCAAAUACUUAAAGCAUUAGCAGAUAACGAAUCUCUUGAAGAUCUCAAUCUUGCUAAUAAUGUGGAUGUUGAUCAACAUUCCACUCCACGGCGUGAUGUAACUACAAAAGACAGCGAAGAACUUUUGCAGCCAGAGAUUGGUGUACCCAAGUCUUCUCGCAAGGCAAGUGUACCCGAGGAAGUUGAGCCUGCUCAACAGGGUUUAGUCCCCGAGAACAAUGACCUCGAUCAGCUUGAAGUUGCUGACAGUGAAGAGGAUCCUAUUGGAGGUGAGGCCGCUGCCUCUGGGAUUGAUGAUAGCUGUGCCAGUUCAAGUCAAAGAAACUCUUCAUCUCCAGAGUGGCAGUUGGCUCAAGAGGUUUCGACCGCCAUCAGCAAGGCAAAGACAUUGCAGUUACUGGAUCUUAGCAACAAUGGCUUGUCGACACAAGUCUCAGAGAAAUUGUACACCGCGUGGGCAAGUUCCAGGCCCCGUCCAGCUUAUAAGCAUAUUAAGGAUCAGACCAUCCAUUUGUUGACAAAGGGAAGAAAGUGUUGCAUUAAACCCUGCUGCAGAAAGUGCAAGUUAGAAGUAUAA